GUCUCAGCUGCCGAAGCGAGUAGGUAAAAGAGCAUAGAGUCAAAAUUACCAUUUUGCCACUACUCCGGUACUCCCUUCUUCUCUACCUAAUCUAUUAUUCUCAACAAGCUUAAUUCGUUUACUCAAACAAAACCAGGUAGAAAUUGUCUGCUAGAGAGAGAGAGAGAGAGAGAGAGAGGGAGGGAUUUCGUAGUAGAUUGUGUAGCUUUGGUUGGUCCGUCUUCGUCUUCUUUAAGUUUCUGCUAAAACCCUAGAUUGGGUUCGCUUUUUUGAGUGCAGAUCCCAGAGAUUGUAUGCUGGAGUUCCGUGUGUGGGUGGGGGUCAGGUGUGGAUGGGAGGUGAGGUAGCGAUGGGGUGGUGAGAUGGGGGAAUCGGGCGGGUUGGGUGGUUGAAAUGUUUGGUAGUAGUUGCAGAGGGAGUUAUGGUGGAAUUGAGAAUCGUUUGGAUGCGCUAAUUUCGGUGGCGUUGUGGGAAAAUGUCGGCUUCGUUGGCGCCGUUCGAGCGUCCGAGAGGUGGAAUACCCAACACGGUAUUCAAGAGUGGGCCGCUUUUCAUAUCAUCAAAGGGGAUAGGUUGGAAGUCAUGGAAGAAGCGCUGGUUCAUUCUCACACGCACAUCUUUGGUUUUCUUCAAAAAUGAUCCUAGUGCGCUUCCUCAGAGAGGUGGUGAGGUAAACCUUACUCUGGGUGGUAUUGACUUGAAUAAUUCGGGGAGUGUUGUGGUUAGGGAGGAUAAAAAACUUCUGACUGUACUAUUUCCUGAUGGGCGCGAUGGCCGAGCAUUCACCCUUAAGGCUGAGUCUUCAGAGGAUUUAUUUGAGUGGAAAGCAGCACUAGAACAGGCUCUUGCACAAGCACCAAGUGCAGCCCUUGUAAUGGGACACAAUGGGAUUUUCCGGAAUGACACAAGUGAUACAAUUGAAGGAUCUUUCCAACAAUGGAGAGAUAAGCGCCCAGUCAAGUCAUUGGUUGUUGGAAGACCAAUUUUACUUGCUCUAGAAGAUAUAGAUGGGGGUCCAUCAUUUCUUGAGAAAGCUCUUCGAUUUUUGGAGAAGUUUGGAACUAAAGUAGAAGGGAUUUUGCGACAGUCUGCAGAUGUGGAGGAGGUUGACCGCAGAGUUCAAGAAUAUGAGCAAGGGAAGAGUGAAUUCAGUUCUGAUGAGGAUGCUCAUGUUGUUGGAGAUUGUGUCAAGCAUGUUCUUAGGGAGCUACCAUCCUCUCCAGUUCCUGCAUCUUGCUGCACUGCAUUGCUAGAGGCAUAUAGAAUUGAGCAGAAGGAAGCUCGAAUUAGUGCCAUGCGCUCUGCAAUACUGGAGACAUUUCCAGAGCCAAACAGACGAUUACUACAGAGAAUCCUGAAAAUGAUGCAUACAAUUGCUGCUCAUGCCUCUGAGAAUCGAAUGACUCCAUCAGCUGUUGCUGCUUGCAUGGCACCCUUGUUGUUACGACCACUUUUAGCAGGUGAAUGUGAACUGGAGGAUGACUUUGAUGUUAAUGGUGAUAACUCGGCUCAGCUUCUUGCGGCAGCAAAUGCAGCUAAUAAUGCUCAAGCUAUUGUUACGACUCUUUUAGAGGAGUAUGAGAAUAUAUUUUAUGAUGACCAUCUACAUAGAUGUUCUCUUUCAGCUGAUUCUCAGAUGGAAAACAGUGGGAGUGAGGACUCCAGUGAUGAUGAAAAUCUAGAUAUGAAAGAUAAUGGAUACCACGAUGCAGAGAAUGAAGUUGAUCCAGAAAUAGAUGAUGAUCCUGAACGUGUCCUCAGCGGAAAAUUGAGUGAAAGCAGUGGUUAUGCUGGCAGUGAUCUUUAUGAUUAUAAGGUGUUUGGAGGUGAUGAUUCUGAUGCUGAAUCCCCUAGAGACAAUCACACUUUAGGAACAAGUUUGAAGCAACAUGGAGAUUCUCAGAAGUCAAUUAAAGAUUCCAAUAGUGAACAUAAUGAGCAGCAAGGAACAUUGACAAAUGGAAGUGAGAACCCAAUGAAUCAGAUGGAUGGUAGUAGCAAUUUACCUGCCAAUGAAUCUCACCGAUCAAUGGGAGAGAUUCUGUCUUCAAUGGAUUCGGGACUAGUUGUACCUGCACCUGGACCUGAAUUAUGUGCAGAAAAGCCUGCAAGUAAACUAAAUGGCUCCAGCUUCAAUGUCAAGCGCUCGACUUUCUGGGGAAGGAACACUACCAGGAAGAACACAUCCAUGGAGUCGAUUGACUCUUCUGGUGAAGAAGAGCUUGCUAUUCAGAGGCUUGAGAUCACAAAAAAUGACUUGCGGAACAGAAUUGCAAAAGAGGCCAAAGGAAAUGCAAUUUUACAAGCAAGCUUGGAGAGAAGAAAGCAAGCCUUGCAUGAGCGGCGUUUAGCACUUGAACAAGAUGUUUCAAGGCUGCAAGAGCAGUUGCAAGCUGAGAGAGAUCUUAGAGCUGCAUUGGAGGUUGGUCUGAGCAUGUCUUCAGGACAGCUUUCUAGCUCUCGUGGAAUGGAUUCCAAGACAAGGGCAGAGCUGGAAGAAAUUGCUCUUGCUGAGGCAGAUGUAGCCAGAUUAAAGCAAAAAGUUGCAGAACUCCACCUUCAACUUAAUCAACAACGCCAGCAUCACUAUGGCUCUCUCUCUGAUGCUUGCGACCGCUAUCAGCAUAUCCAAAACCUUCAUCCACAUCAGAAGUUUCUUCAACAAGAUUUUGAUAUGACCCUUGCCUUUUGCAAUCAUGAGCGGAAACAAAGAAGUGAGGAGAGUUCAUUGGGAGGGGAUUGGAGGAGCCUCAAGGGUCAAGUAUUGCCAUCUGCAAGUGGUGGCAGGCAUCUGUCACGGAAGCAGUGUGUAGACUCAUCAUGCCUGAGUGAUUCAAAAAAUAUAGAGGCAUCUACAAGCAUUAAUGUGGAUGAACUCUGUGCAGUUGAUUCCGGCACCAUACCCUCUACAUCAAGAGUAGCAGAGGGGAUGGAAUAUCUGAGGCAACCAUCUGCAGCGUCUUCUGCUUUGGUGGAAUUAACAACACGCCUCGACUUCUUCAAGGAACGGCGUUCCCAGCUCAUGGAACAGCUCCACAAUCUUGAUUUGAACUAUGGGGCAGCAUCUCCAAAGGGUUUCCUAUACAAGCCAUCCUCUCCUUCAUGGAAUUAACAGUUCGAGGUAAUGAUACCCAAUUUGAAAGGGGAGCUAAUAGAGGAUCUCUGCCCGACAGUCUUGCCUUCUGUAUAUCCUUGAUGCUGCUGCAAUCUGCAUAUACCAUAGCCCUUGUAUUUGUUUGUCUUAACCUUUUCCUCUUUUUAGUUUAUCCCUUUCUGUUUGUGAGGAUGUUUUGGAUUGCUGUUGUUUUGAGGGUUUCGCGUUCUUUUUCCGUUUUUCCCCCAUUUCAUCUCUUUUUUCCCGUUUCUUUUAUCAUGAUUGAUGUAAGCAUAAGAAACAUUCUUCUCUUGUAUUAAUAGUGUAAAGGAGGGAGGGGAAAUUUUAUUGUCAGAGGUCUUUAGAACGUUACAAGUACUGUGAUGGAGCAGACAAGAAAAAGGUUAAAUCAGCUUUCAUAGGUUUUCUUCUUUGUAAGAAAGCUGUCUGAGGUUCUUUCCAUGUGCUAUGUGAAUGUUACUUUCUGUGCUCUUCAUCCAGUUCAGUGUCACAUUUACUGCCCUUUUUA